GUCGAAGCACUCCGCGACCCCACCUGUCUGGCCGUUUCAGAUCAUCAACCUCACUUGCUGCGUGUCGCCUCGAACUCUCUAGCAUGCCAACACCAGGGCCAUGGAUGAACGACUCCUCAGCAAUGCAGCUGUCUCCAACCCUUCGCAAAAGCGCUCUGCUGAGGAGAUACCGGGAACCAACCGCCCAAAGCGCGCAAAAUACGCCUCUGCCGCGUGGUAAUCUUGUUUCUUUCCAUUGUCAUACUUUCGCUAAUCGAAAUCAGCACUGAGUGCAAGAGAUGUAAAGUCAAAUGCAUACAACUUGACGAUGACGCAUGCUGCCAGCGUUGCGCAACCAUGCACAUUCCCUGCGUUGUUGUUCAGACCGCCAUGCAGGCGACGAAAGAUAAAAAGAAGGAGAGGCAAAGCCAUUAUAAGCAGCUGAGCGACGACGUCGCAUCACUGCGUCGGGAGCUGACGGCGCUGACGGCAACCGUGAAGUCCCUCUUGGAGCGGGUUCCAGCUCAAUCGUCUGUCGCUGACUGCCGUACUCCGUGUGCGCAGCCUACAUGCCGAGUCUACAAUAGUACUACUUCCCUCCGGAGUGUACAGCCAAGGGAGCCGCAAUUCGUUGGGCCAACACGGUCUGCCUUCAGCUUUAAUAUUGCCGAGACGGCGCUCACUCGUAUGGGUAUCUUAACAGAUCAACAUAUGUCCACAGCCCAGUCGUCAAAUGCUUCCUCACGAGAGCCAACUCCAGAGCCAUCACCAGAAGUUCCCGCGGCAACGUUUUGCUCGGAAUCCGACUGCCUGCUCAGCUUUUCUGAUGUUGAAGUUGCGCGACUCAUCGGCGUUUACCAAGAGGAAGUUGUCUGUUGCCACCCGAUCCUUGAUACCGAGUUACUAGUGUUGAACUUUCCACAUAUAUUAGAGCUGGCCAGGCAUCCUGAUCGCAUGGAGGACAUCUCACCAAAAGUUCACACCAAAGACGUACACAUGCUUAGAAUAGUUAUAGCAACAGCGAUCACCACUGAGCCUCAGGGGAAGGCCGAGCUCUGCGACAAAUUGAUCACCGCUGUGGAACAGGAUGUUGGGAGCAUAUCGAGUACUUCUGAAGUUGAACUGAAAGAUAUACAAAUUAUGGCCAUGCUAAGCAUCUACUUCUGCCAUAUCGAAGAAGAGCUGUUCGCUUGGCGUGCAAUUGGCCGAGCUGCUCGCCAGUGUUUAGAGAUGGGUCUCCACCGCAAGCAGAGUCUAUUCAAACACUUCAAGGAUGCAGACGCUCGCAAUUUCGCUAUUCAGGUCUUCUGGGUAGUUUACGAGCUCGACCGUCGAUGGAGCUUCGGCACCAGCCUUUCCUUUGCACUUGAUGAUCGCGACAUCGAUCCGAAGUUGCCCGAACCCGACAGCGAGCAUUCGUAUCUCAUGUGCAUGGUCAGUUACGCAAGACUUUGCUCUAGGGUAUGGGAAGCGUUGCCACCAUAUGGUUCCUCUUCACAAGGGAUACCGAAAGAAAAGGAGGACUACUUGGAAUUUGUCACUCAGAACUGGCUUCUGUCGAUUCCGGAAGAAUUACAAUUCCGGCAUCCCCGCCUAGGGCUCGCGUUGAGGGCUCAGCCUCGGAUACUGCACCGUCUCCGGACUCUGUGUUAUCUCCGCGGCAAUUAUAUGCGCCUCCUUAUCCAUCGACACCAUGUCCUGAAUCCCGACAACAUCAAGGCGGAUACGCAAAGUGCGCGUCUAGUCGUUGAUAUCGCCAAAGAUAGUAUCGAGGUGUUGGUCCACUUGAACGGAACGAGCGAUAUAUACGUUCGCCAACAAUCUAUAUAUCAUUUCUAUCUGCUGAGCGGUCUUGCUAUCAUGCUUCUCGCUGUCUGCCACGCCCCAAUCAUGUUCUCAGAGGCAUGUAAAGACCCUUUUAUGUCCGGCGUGGAGCUUGUCAAAGGCUUCUCCCGCCACAGCUCCGCUAGUCGCAGGCUGUGGAAGAGCAUUCGUGGUCUUUUGCCCGUCAUUAGGUCACUCGGCGGUCAAGGAGAUGCAGCUUUUGUGAAAAAUACUAGUGACAUCACUGAGACCGCUGCUCAAAUUUCUGAGUCAUGGGAGCACGACCAACAGCAAGACAGGGCCACUGCAGAGACCAUUUGCGAGCCGCACAGCCUUUGGACGGACAACAACCCAACCUUCAAUGGAGACUUUGGCACUUCAAUACCCGACGUAUUUGAUUUGAGCAACAACCUCAUGGACCUAUACAAUGCUUUCGGCUCAACCGGUACGGCUCAGCCGAUGCAGCCAGAAGCUGCAGCCGGCAACUUGAGUGGACAAGGUCCUUCCGGGUGGGAGACGGAGGAGAUUUCGCGGCACUUCCAGGGCCUCAUUUGAAGGCAGGGGCCUACUGGAGUAGCAAUCUGGAUUCUUUUUAUCCCGAGUUCAGCUCGAUCUGCUUUAUGCCGCCCCGUUCGUUCUGCUGCGCCGCAACGCGUCGCUUCAUUACGUUCGCAUUCGGUGAGGGCGGCGACCGUCGAGCCCUGCGAACGACCUUUUGAAUAUGCUGCCUUAGCUCUGGUGGAACGGUGACUAUUCGGCGCCCUGGCGGUGGUGUUGCGGGACGGUAUCCCCGCAUGCAGGCUGAAUCCCACUAGGGAUCCGCCAAGGUGUAGUGGGUGUAGGGAGAUUGACCACAGGUUUAAUUCAUGUAAAUUGCUACAUCCAGCUGAGUUAGUGCGUUUUGGUUGAGAUAAUUGAUUUUGAAAAUUUCCAGUAGGGUUGGGCGCGCAGCUCGGGCGGGA